AUGAUUAUUCAACUAGUGUCAUUGUUUUUAUUACCUAUAAGUGUAAUAUGUCUUGGUACAACGCAAAGUGCUGGAGUUAAAGGAACCUUGAUGUGCGAUAAUAAACCAGCCAAAAAUGUCAAAGUGAAGCUAUACGAUGAUGACAGAGGAGUGGACACUGACGAUCUUAUGGCCGAGGGUAGGACAGACGAAAAUGGACAUUUUGAACUUCGAGGCUAUACGGAUGAGUUCACUACAAUUGAUCCUAAACUGAAUAUUUAUCAUAAAUGCGGAAAAUUAAUUCCGAUUUGUGAUCGUAAAAUUACAAUAUAUAUCGAUGACAAAUAUGUGAGUAAAGGGAAAGUACCGAGCAGAAUUUUUGAUGCUGGAACGAUCCAAUUAUCGGGAAAAUUUAAGGGUGAAACAACGGACUGCUUCAACUCAUAA